AUGUUAGACCAAUAAAUUUAUGAGUAAUUAAUAUUUGUUAUUAUUUAAAAUAACAUUUUCUAAAAUUUAAUUGGGCUACUGUAAUGAAUUAUUUACUUUUAAUUUAGAUAUCAUUGUCUAUUAAAUUUAAAGACCGUCAUUACAAACCAAUUGAAGAUUUGGAAAAUGAAGGAAAUAGUUAUAAUUUUUGACUUAUAUGUAUUGAUAAUGACAGACAUAAUUAUUGCAUUAAUUUCUUUAUUUAAGUAUUAGCUAAGAAUGAUACAAAUAUAUAUAUGCAUAAAUACUAUUAUAUCUUCUAUAAUCUUAAAUAAUUUCAUCUUAAGACAUAGUUUAUUUUUUGAGUUUUCAAGACAAUUAUUAUAAUAUUAAGUUAAUUCAAAUGGAAUACCUUUAUAACUUAUAUUAUUGACAUAAUAAAAAGCUGUUGAAAUUAAUUUUACUUAUUAAUUAAUUUGA